CUGUCGACUGCCGACUGCGUACGCGCAGUAUCGCGACCAGCCCCGACCCGCGCGCACGAUGACCGCGUUAGCGCUCGCCGCCGCGCUGCUGUGUGCCCUGGCCGGCCGCCUCGGCACCGGCGCCAGCUUCCACUGUGCCAUGCGCCGCGAAAUCUCCCCCUGCACUUGCCGAAGGGACGACGUCGGCACCGGCGCCAUCCUCGUCAUCUGCCAGCGCAUCAGCACCUACGAGGACAUCGCUCGAGCCCUCACCAGCAAGUUCAGCCCCGAGACCAAGAUAGGUCUCGACAUAUCCUACUCCCAGCUCCCGGACUUCUCCGACCACAGCUUCCGGGAACUCGGCCUGUCUAUAACGAAGCUGAAACUCAACUACGACAAUCUAAGUGACUUAAAGGAGAGCGUUUUCACGAAGUUGGACCUACUCGAUUACUUCAGUUUGGCUGACAACUCUUUGACGGAAAUGCCGAGACACGUGCUCAGACAUAUGCCGCACGUCAAGACCCUUGACUUCUGUAGGAACAAGAUUACCAAACUGGCGGAGGAGGAUUUCAAAGAUAUUCAAGAACUGGAACACCUGGUGGUAGCAGACAAUCAAAUUUCAAAAAUUGAAAAGCAUGCGGUACCAAAAGGCUUAAAACACGUUCACUUAGGAAUCAAUAAGCUAAGCUCUUUAAAUGGUGCCCUUCGUGAUCUUGACGAUUUAGAAUGGAUAUUUAUUAACACAAAUCACUUAAAGUCCAUUGAGAAUGAAUUACCUGUGAGAGCCAAAAAGAUCACGCUCAUACACGCUGCAAACAACGAGCUACAAAGUUUACCUAAAGAUUUGAGGCAAAUGCCGUCUUUAGAGGCCAUGUUUUUCUACGACAACCAUAUCAAAUCACUGGAUGGAGCAUUGCAAAAAUCUAAGAGGCUUACAAGGAUAGGAUUAUCGUAUAACAAAAUUGAAAGAUUAGCCGAAGAUGAGUUUGCUGAGACAGAGAUAUUGUCUGAACUGGAUAUGGCGUAUAACCAACUCCGAUCUUUAAAUGGUUCUCUAACAAGUUUAAAAUCUUUACGCUAUUUAAAUUUAACUCACAAUUUCCUUACUGAAUUCUCUUUACAAGAAAUCAAAGGACUUAAGAGAUUGUCUGUGAUAGAUCUCUCACACAACAAAAUAAGCAGCAUAACAGGCAAUAUGAAUUUAGUAGACGUUGAAACACGAGUUUUGGAAUUACGAUUGGACCACAAUUUCAUACUGAAUUUGGGCGGAGCCUUGAUGGGACUCCGUGGACUCUUGACGCUGAAUCUGAGCAAUAAUCAGUUGCAACAAAUAUCACCCGAUGACCUUAUCGGCUUAGAGGACUUACGAUUACUCGAUGUAUCUCACAACCAAAUCACAACUUUGGAGGAAACUUCUAAGACCUUUUUGCCAUCACUUGAGGAACUUAUCGCUCACCAUAAUAACAUCACUAUGUUGGACAAAGACUUCCAUGGCCUGCCUUCGCUGUGCAAGGCCGAUCUGUCAUAUAAUAAGAUUCAAUCAGUGAAUUAUGAAGUUGUUUCAAAAUCAAGAUGUACGAUCAAUGGAGUGCCGAGUAUAUUGAAGAUUUAUCUUCAAGAUAAUCCCGUGUUAUGCGACGAGCGCUUAUACGAGCUAAUGACGAUACUAGGAAGUCUGAACGCGCGAGUCAGUGGGGUCUCCACUUGUGUCACUACGCAGACUUCGGCGCCAGUGCUCAUGAGGGCGCUCAAUGACAUAGAUCCCGAUACACCAGUUCUCGUCGUCACACAGCUGGGCACCGGAGUCCAAGUCGUGGAAGGACGAGAAACGAUACCGUCUCAGCUUGCGUACCAACGCGUCGGCGCGUUGAUCGGGCACGUCAUGCCGGAGCGCGACGGCGGUCUGGUCCUGGUCGAUCCCCCGGUCACGUUGCCCCCAGAAAACACUAACGUGGUGGUCAAAUGGCCCGAUGAAAGGAGAGAUAAUUCUCACCCUCUCGCCGACCAUCUGCGCCUACGCGAUCUGAAUACGUCCCCGCAGUGAAAGUGUCUACAACUGGCGCCGCAAGCCGACGUCUAAAAACUCAGUGCUUCGCCUUAGAUAAUAUGCUUUGCCUUUGACUUAAACUGGGCAAGCCUUCUAAUUCGUUGGGGUGCAAGGAAUUCCCAUUUUGAGCCUAAGCGAUGUAUAUAGGAGUCAUAAUUCAAUGCAACCUUAAACAAUUUGGAAAUCUUUAAAAGCGACAAGCGAUGCACAUAAUAUCUACGUUUAUAUCUACCUAGAAUAUAGUAUCUGAAUGUGUAGAUAAAUGAUUUAUGCAGAUGUAUGUUUGAGUGAUUGUGUGUCCGACGUAUUUGUAGUCAAUAAAUACGAUUACUUAUGUUGUGUAUUAGACUAAUUGUACCUAAUAAAUGAAGUCUCAAAGUCUCAAAGUUUUACUAACAUGUAGAAAUGUUUCACUCUCUUGGACAAUUCUAACAUCGUUGCAAUUUCAAAGAAACAUUGUAAGAACUCAUAUGUUGUACCUAUAUAAAAUAAUUUAUAAUAUAAUGUAAUAUUAUUAAUUAUACAUUAUAGAUGUUAGUGUAAUUUAUAUUGGCAAUUAACAAUAUGUGGGAGAAAAUCAUUCUAGAGACCGGAGACAGUAAGAAUGAUUUUAGCUUCGGGUAAUCUUAGUAGGUAAUUUAAAUACAGAUGUUGUUAAUAUUAGUAUUGAAAUAUUUUAUCGUUUUGGUGGACACACUUUUAAAGAAUUAUUUUAUUUCAAAAAAGUAGUUUUAGGGAGAAUUUGGAUAUUACCGAGCGUCUAAGGAUUUCAAUAAUAAAUUUUAAUAAAAAUUGAUUUAUAGAAAUCAAAAAUGCUGUAAGUAGCACAAAAUAUUAUAAGUACGUCUAUAUGAUUUUUCACGGCAAGAAAAUGGUAUAGGUACUCUUAAGUACAAGAUAGAACGUAAUUCAGAAUGGUUUCCUGCUGACUGAAGGUAAUAUUAAUAUUAUAAUACCAUAUAUUCAGCAGUGGCGUAACUACAAGUUGGUUAGCUGGCAAAAAUCUAUGGGCCUAUGGCUCGAAAAGGCCUGCGAAUAAGUGAAGUAAAGUUACAUUCAAGUAAUACAAAAAAAAACAUUGUAACUUGUAACGGUUCAUUCAUCAACUGUAGGCCCAACAAUUUAUUAAAAAUGGUCCGUCUUUUUUUGAUAUAGCUUGCUGCCUUGGUAUAUGGAUUUUGUAAAUCAUGUUAUAUAAUAAUAGCCGUGCCACGCGGUUUCGCUUGCGUAAAAUCAUCGCAAAUAACUUCAAUUCAUUAAAAAAGUAUUUUAGGUUUGGACAAACAGUAUAAUAUUUAUACUAACUUUAUAAAGUUUGUUUAUUUUUUAACAGUUUAGUUAAAGUCAGAACUAGUUAAAGUUGAAAAAUAUUCUAUACUUAUUUCUUUCAGCGUCAAAUAGCCCAAAUAAGGCUAUAUACGCGAUCUUUUUGCGCAAAUGAAACCGACAAGUUUACUCGUGGACCUCGCAAGUUUAACACGUUUACGUCCCCAUUAAAAUUAUAUUAUGACCCCAUACAUCCAAACAGGUUAUAAGAUAAUUAUAUUAUAUUUAUACAAACUUUAUCAGAAUAACUACUUUACAUAAUACAGUUUUCCAUUUUCCUUGAGAUUUCCGUGAGCCCACUGUGGACUCGUGGACUUAUGACUUAAAAUUCACAUGAACCCAUUUUGGGCUCAUAGACAUGUGAUGAGAAACUAGCGUGAGACCAUGUUAGGCUCACUGGACUAUGAACGUGUUAACUGGCAGGGGACGUUUACUGGUCUUAGUGUCUGUCAUAGCCAGACUAUCCUCAUUUUAUGAAGACUGAAGUUUAUUAGCCCAUGCUCUUACCAUAGGUAAGAAUGGUAGGCAAUAAUAGGACUUGGAUCGUGGUGGCUUUGGAAGGCAGUAGAUUCAAGGGUCACUCAACCGUAUAAGUUUAAAUUUCGCGACAAUCUUUCGAAAACAGCAAUAAUAUUUUGUAGAGAACAUUAAGGGUCUAGCAAAGCAUUGCCACGUAGCUAACGGUCUGGUGACUGGUGAAAUGAUUCCUCAAUAAAUUCUGGAGAACAUAUCAAGAAAUUACGUUUUACACUUGGACAAUUAAGGGUCUGCCUUGAAGCCUAUUAUUACAUUUCAAACCCACACCUCAAACUCCUUAAUGUUUUUAAACUAUGAUAGGAGCAUGGGCUGAUGAACUUUGAGCCCUCCUAAAAUGAGUUAGGUCUAGCCCUCGCAGGAUCUCGUUCUAUACCAUUACAUUUGGCCAUCAUUAUGCCAUCGGAAGGCAAAGCUUAUUCCCUAUAACCAUAUCAUCAGUGUGCCUAGUGGGAGUUUUUAAUAUUUUCAUACUGUUACUAUCGCGUUGACGUAAACGCGAAUUUAUAUGGAAUUGAAACAGUUGUGCAGUAGUGCCACUAGAUGGCGCUGUUUCAAUUCCUUAGAAAUUCGCGUUUGCCUCAACGCGUUAGUAACAGUAUCAAACUGCAACUAUGCCCUCAGUACUGUACUAUCCAAGUCUCCUUAUAGAUUUAUAUUUUACAUUUUUUCCUAUAAAUUAAAAGGUAAAAGCCAACUCAAAACGUCAUGUUCACUGUAUUGCGACUAUUUAAUAGUAUAUCACGUCAUGUUAUGUAUUGCGACUAAAUAACGAUUGUAGUUGUGGUUUGUAAUAAAUAAUAUAUGAAAGAGA